AUGGGGCGCGCCAAACUUGAGAUUAAGUACAGAGAGGAUUUACGCGCUCGCCGCACAACAUACACUACGAGGUUGAAAGGAUUGAAGAAGAAAGCGGAGGAGCUCUCCGUCCUUUGCGGCAUUGAUAUUAUGGUUGCUUCAUUUUCACCGGAACUCAACAUGAUAGAUUUCUGGCCCGAGAGGGAUACACCUAAAUUUUCUCGCAUUAAAGAACGCUACCUCGGCUACAUUGUUUGCGAUUAUGAAGGAAAGGGAAAAAUUAAGCAACAUUCUUCGUUUUCUUUGGAGUCAUUCCAUGAAGAGAAGGACGCCAUGAAAAUCAAAUUACAGGAGGUUCGAGAGAGGCUAGAAUUCCUCCAACGUCAACGUCAAGAGGAAGAGGAGCGGCUUCAGGCGGAGUAUAACGGUUCCAUGGCUUUGCAACAGUUCCAUCAACAAGCUUAUCCAUUUCCCCGAUCUCUUUCUUCUCAUAUUGCUACUGAUUUUGAAAUUCCUUCGCAACAGGAACUUUCUUCUCAUCAACAAGCUUCUCCGUUUGCCCAAUUUCUUCCUCCUCACGAACAAACUUCUUUCUUUUUCCAUGAAAUUUUUUGUCAUCUUGCUGAUUUCAAUAUGCCGAUGGAGCGAGAUACUCACUCUCAUGAAAGACCAUUUCAAAAUUUCCAAUGUCCUCCUCCUCAUGAACAACCUCUUCUAGUUUCCCUAUCUCUUCCUAAUGAACAAACUUCUCCAUUUUCGCAAUGUCUUCCUCCUCAUCUUGGUUCUGAUUCGGGCACUGAGGAUCCACUAGCUUCCUGGCUGCCUUCUGACUCAAAUUUGUGGGGACACUUGGAUGACUUUAACUGCUAUGAUAGUCUUCUUCUGGAUUAUGAAGCCAGCCAGCUUACCUGAUUCCUUUAUAUUUUCUUCUUGCUUGUAUACAAAUCUAUUGUAUAAG